UGUGGAAGGCGUGGCCUAGCGGUGUGACUUCUUGGGAGGCUCUGGCAGCCUUGGCUCGUGAACCAGGCAGAAGUGCUGCGCUAUGGCGGCGGUGGCGGCGGCGGCGGCGGCGGCGGCAGUGCGGACCCGGAUCCUGCAGGUUUCUUCUAAAGUAAACACGUGGCAUCUGGCAUCCUCCUUUUCUUCAUCAUCAGUGCCAACUGUAAAACUCUUCAUUGAUGGGAAAUUUGUUGAAUCCAAAAGCGACAGAUGGAUUGAUAUCCACAACCCAGCUACCAAUGAAAUCAUCGGUCGGGUACCUCAGUCCACCAAAGCUGAAAUGGAUGCAGCUGUUGCUGCCUGCAAACGUGCUUUCUCUGCAUGGGCAGACACAUCCAUUUUAAGCCGUCAGCAGGUCCUGCUCCGCUAUCAACAACUUAUUAAAGAAAACCUGAAAGAAAUUGCCAAGUUAAUCACAUUGGAACAAGGGAAGACUCUAGCUGAUGCUGAAGGAGAUGUAUUCCGAGGCCUUCAGGUGGUUGAGCAUGCCUGUAGUGUGACAUCCCUCCUGAUGGGAGAGACCAUGCCAUCUAUCACCAAAGACAUGGACCUUUAUUCCUACCGUCUGCCUCUGGGUGUGUGUGCAGGCAUUGCACCAUUUAAUUUCCCUGCCAUGAUCCCCCUUUGGAUGUUUCCCAUGGCUAUAGUUUGUGGAAAUACUUUCCUAAUGAAACCAUCAGAGAGAGUACCUGGAGCAACUAUGCUCCUUGCUAAAUUGUUUCAGGAUGCUGGGACCCCCGACGGAGCCCUGAACAUCAUCCAUGGACAGCAUGAAGCUGUGAAUUUUAUUUGCGAUCACCCAGACAUCAAAGCAAUCAGUUUUGUGGGCUCCAACCAGGCAGGAGAGUAUAUCUUUGAAAGAGGGUCAAGAAAUGGCAAGAGAGUUCAAGCCAAUAUGGGAGCCAAAAAUCAUGGAGUAGUCAUGCCAGAUGCCAAUAAGGAAAAUACACUAAACCAACUGGUCGGGGCUGCAUUUGGAGCUGCUGGCCAACGCUGCAUGGCUCUUUCAACAGCCAUCCUUGUCGGAGAAGCUAAAAAAUGGCUGCCAGAGCUGGUGGACCGUGCCAAAAACCUGCGAGUCAAUGCAGGGGACCAGCCUGGAGCUGAUCUUGGCCCUCUGAUCACCCCCCAAGCCAAAGAGCGAGUCUGCAGUCUGAUAGAUAGUGGAACAAAAGAGGGAGCUACCAUCCUUUUGGAUGGGCGAAAAAUUAAAGUCAAAGGCUAUGAAAAUGGUAACUUUGUUGGACCAACCAUCAUCUCCAAUGUCAAGCCAAGUAUGACCUGUUACAAAGAGGAGAUUUUUGGUCCAGUUCUUGUGGUUCUGGAGACAGAGACAUUGGAUGAAGCCAUCAAGAUUGUAAAUGACAACCCAUAUGGAAACGGAACUGCCAUCUUUACUACCAAUGGAGCCACUGCACGGAAAUACUCUCACUUGGUGGAUGUUGGGCAGGUGGGCGUCAAUGUCCCCAUUCCAGUGCCUUUGCCCAUGUUCUCCUUCACCGGCUCUCGAUCUUCCUUCAGGGGAGACACCAAUUUCUAUGGCAAACAGGGCAUCCAGUUUUACACUCAGCUUAAGACUAUCACAUCUCAGUGGAAAGAAGAGGAUGCUACUCUUUCCUCACCUGCUGUAGUCAUGCCUACCAUGGGGCGUUAGGAACAAGUUCUUCAAGACUCAGUCCAACUGGUGUAAUUUCCCAUCACUCUUGGCCACCCUCACUUGUCAUCUUUGCUCAAAUCAGAUCCAUGAGAAUGGAAUAUGUUGCAGCCAAUCUCUUUCUCAGAACUGUCAGUUCCUUCAAAUUAAUAGAGAGACUGCAGGGAAACACUAAUGCUGGGUCUGCACUUGCUCUUCAUACGUCUGUUCUGGAGGUAACUUGUAAUUGUGAAGUAUUUCCCUGGAAUGAGAGCUUAGAACCAUCUUCUAACAGUUCUUCUGAUGACUUGGAGGGCAAUGUCAUUGUAGGGACAGAUCUUCCUCUUGGAUAGGGAAGUAGGAUGGAAACAGUUCACCCUCUACUUGAGCCUCAAACACAGCCCUCCAUCGAUUCCCACUACACACUACACAGACAUAACCUCUUUUUACUUAUCCCCGCAUUGUGACAACGGCUUCUUUUCUGCUCAGUGCUGCCUUCUUCUUGUUUUUAUUCAUGACCACUACUUAAUUCUAUCUUAAAUAGAAUUCUUUUCUUAAAAUACUUCUCAGAUACCUCAGGAUGCAAGUGAUAUGUUAGCUGUUCAUUAUGUGUGCCAUCUUUCGUGGUUUGCUUUAGCAAGUGUUAAUAAAUACUCCAGCCAUUAAUUCACAUGCAAAUAAAUCCUUAGAAAAAUUA